AUGGCAGAUGAGUCUGUAGCCAUGGUGCUGAUCAGAAGAAAAAGAGAAAGAGGAAUGGCAGAUGACUCGGACAGAGAAGAAAAAAAAGAAAGAAUAGAGAAGGAUGCGGACAGAAUGAAGGAAGAAAGAGGAGGGGUGGGUGAGGAUCUCAGUUCCAGGUCUGAGACAAACUUUAUCGCAGAAGUGGUUGAGACAGUUGAGUGUAAACUAAAUUUGAGACAACAGAGUACUCCUGCCCAUUUAACUGGAAUGGAGGCUCGUGUUGAAGUCAUAAAUUUGUGGUUGAAAAAUGAGCAAUACAAUGCUAUAGCAAUUUGUGGUAUGGGAGGUAGUGGGAAGACAACAGUUGCCCAAUAUAUUUAUAACUUAAAUAAGAAAGAUUUUGAAAGCAGCAGUUUUAUUCCAGAGAUUGGAAAACAAGCUGAUGGGUUGCUUGUGGUACAGAAACAACUACUCAAAGAUGUUUCGGGUGGAAAGAAAAUAAGGAUAUCCAACACUUAUGAGGGUACACAUAAGAUGGAGUUGGUCCUACAAAUGAAGCGGGUGCUUAUUGUUCUUGAUGACAUUGAUAAAAACGAACAGUUAAGCAUUUUACUUGGCACAAAGGCGUUGCAUACAAAAAGCAAGAUCCUAAUAACAACAAGGCUACUAGAUAUAACGCCGUUAUUUGGGUCCAUUUCUUGGAGGUGUCAGGUGCACAAAAUUAAAUUGUUAGAUGAUCUUGAAUCAUUAGAACUUUUAAGCUGGUAUGCGUUUCGAACCAAAACACCCAUGAAAGGUUUCAAGGAGCUUGCAAAACAACUAGCUCAGUAUUGUGGAGGUAAUCCGCUUGCUCUUAAAGUAUUAGGUUCUUCUCUGUUUGUUAGUGAUGAAGACCCAUGGAGAAGAGAUACCAUGAAAGAUAUUUGGAGAAGUAGAAUGAAUUCACUUAAUUCAUCCAAAGGAGAUCUUGAUUGUAACAUCCAAAGUGUAUUACGGAGGAGCUUUGACUCCUUGCCACUUCGCAGUCACAAAGAGUUGUCUUUUCAUAUUGCUUGUUUCUUUGUCGGUGAAGACAACUUUGUCAUAAAAUUGAUAAUGGAGGAUGAAUUGUAUGCUAAAUCUGGGAUCUUGACCCUUAUUGAUAGAUGCCUUCUUACCGUUUCAGAUGCACCAACUGCUUCAAGAUAUGGGAAGAAGUAUAUGUUGGUAUCAGAAUCAUCAGACACCCAGGACCAUUCGGGACGGACCGGGUUGUUACCGCAUACACAAUCAUACUUCGACCAACCGCAAUAA